GCAUUCCACACCUUCUUUGUUCACACUGAAACUUGGAGCACUGUACCUGUUCUUCAAAGGAGGAGGAGGGCAGAGAAGCUUUAGCCAUGGAGAAGAGCUUAGUAUCUGUAUUUCUUUUGAUCCUCGCUGUCUCGCAUACAUUGGCUAAAGAUGCUACAACAAAAGAUGGGAAAAGGGAUACAAAAGAAGCCACCAAACCGAAACUACCUCAGACACUCUCCAGAGGCUGGGGUGAUUAUCUUAUCUGGACUCAGACUUAUGAAGAAGCUCUCUUCAAAGCCAAGUCAAACAACAAACCCAUAAUGGUCAUACACCAUUUGGAAGACUGUCCUCAUAGUCAAGCAUUGAAGAAAGUAUUUUCUGAACACAAAGAAAUACAGAAGUUGGCUGAGAAAUUUAUUCUCCUCAAUCUUGUUUAUGAAACCACAGACAAACAUCUCUCACCUGAUGGCCAGUAUGUUCCCAGAAUCAUUUUUGUAGAUCCUUCACUGACAGUUAGAGCAGAUAUUACUGGAAGAUAUUCCAAUCGCCUCUAUGCUUAUGAACCUACAGAUAUUCCACUGUUGUACUCAAACAUGCAGAAAGCACUGAAGCUGCUGAAGACUGAAUUGUGAAGAAGGAAAACAGACUAGCUAGUACAUCUCCCCCUUCUAAUUCAAAACAUAUUCUCACGAGAGAAUAUACAAGUUUGUCAUAGAUAUGCAUAUCAACUCAAGCAAUGCAUAACUAACAGCUUGAUGGUGUUAUAAAGACUGCUUUGUACAAUGUGGCGUUUUAAGUAUUGAUUGUUUUUAUAAACUAAGCAUAGAAAAGCACUGUAUGCUCUUUUCUGCAAAUCGGGAAAAUAAAACUAUUUCAUUGUGUUUACAGAA